AUGGCUGGAAAAAGGGAGAGAGCAAAGAGUCCGGAGCAAAAGGAGCGUCGAUUGAGCUCACGUGUUCAGGAGCUGAGACAAAAAGAGCGAGACGAGAAGGAGCGCUUAGCACGCGAAAGGGUGAACUUCCUCAGCGAUCAAAGCUCUAAGCUUUGUGACGAUGAGACUGAGUCACAUGCCAACAAGGAAGAGGAGGAUGCAGUCCCUGUGAGCACCAACGAACGAACCCUAACUACAACAAUGCGUAAAGGGAAGAAUAAAAGUUUGGCUUUUUACGCUAAUGACGAGGAUCCUCACCUCAAAGUCAGGAGGAAUCUGAGGUUUUUCAACACUCAAUAUCUCCUUAUGGUUCAGGCUAAGCUGAGCAGACCCGACUUGAAGGGAAUCACUGAGGUGAUGAAAGCCAAUGCGGUGUUGUACCCAAGAAAAAGGAUAGGUGACCUUCCAGGUAUUGACGUUGGACAUCAGUUCUUUUCAAGAGCUGAAAUGGUUGCUGUUGGCUUUCAUAGCCAUUGGCUAAAUGGCAUCGAUUUUAUGGGAACCGAUUACCAAACAGAGUAUAGUGACUACCACUUUCCGCUCGCUACGUCUAUUGUUAUGUCGGGACAGUAUGAGGAUGAUUUAGACAAUGCAGAUGUUGUGACUUACACUGGUCAGGGAGGGCAUAACCUAACUGGUGAUAAACGUCAGUAUAAGGAUCAAGAGUUACUGAGAGGCAAUUUGGCCCUAAAGAAUUGCUUUGCAGAUAAGGUCCCUGUCAGAGUUAUUCGUGGUCACGAUUGCAAAAGUAGCUAUAGCAAAAGAGUAUACACUUAUGAUGGAUUGUACAAGGUUGUAAAGUUCUGGGCAGAAAAGGGAGUUUCAGGGUUUACGGUGUAUAAGUAUCAGUUGAAACGAAUGGAGGGACAACCAGAACUAACUACUAAUCAGGUCAAUUUUGUGCGCGGACGCAUACCAACGUCUACUUCUGAGAUUCAGGGCUUGGUAUGUGAGGACAUCUCUAAAGGGCUAGAAUCUAAGCGCAUUCCAGCCACUAAUCGUGUGGAUGACCCACCAAUUUCACCAUCAGGGUUCACAUAUAUCAAUUCUUUGAAGAUUGAGCCCAAUGUCAAAAUUCCAAAGAGCUCAGCUGGGUGUAGCUGCCGAGGCAGCUGCACUGAUCCAAAGAAAUGUGCCUGUGCUAGGCUUAAUGAUGGAAACUUUCCAUAUGUCGACCUUAAUGAUGGCAGAUUAAUUGAGCCUCGAGAUGUUGUAUUUGAAUGUGGUCCAAACUGUGGGUGUGGGCCUGAAUGUGUCAACAGAACAUCUCAGAAGCGGCUAAGAUUUCAUCUGGAGGUCUUUCGUUCUCCAAAGAAGGGCUGGGCAGUUAGAUCAUGGGACUUCAUACCAGCUGGGUCACCAGUAUGUGAGUACAUAGGAGUUCUCCGAAGAACUGACGAUGUGGAUACUCUUACUGACAACGACUACAUAUUUGAGAUUGAUUGCCAACAGACAAUGCAAGGUCUUGACGGAAGACAGAGAAGACUAAAGGACGUUGUUGUACCAACGGAUAGCAAAGCCAGUGAAAGUAAUGGAGAUGAGAAUGUACCAGAAUUCUGCAUCGAUGCUGGUUCAAUAGGGAACUUUGCUAGGUUCAUAAAUCACAGCUGUGAUCCAAAUCUAUUUGUUCAGUGCGUACUGAGUUCUCACCACGAUAUCAAGCUUGCCCGUGUGGUUCUUUUUGCAGCGGACAACAUUCCACCACUGCAGGAGCUGACUUACGACUAUGGAUAUACGCUUGAUAGCGUUCAUGGACCUGAUGGGAAGGUGAAAAAGCUUACUUGCUUCUGUGGAGCAGUCAAAUGUAGAAAACGCCUCUACUAG